AGUGAUAGGUAGCGAGAGAGAGAGCUAGAGAAACUGAAUACAUGUUGGAUAUCCAUGUACAUGUAUUUCUGGGGGAACAACCAGUAAAACAAGGAUACCUCAAAAGAAAUGAUGUGAAAAGAAUGGAGAGACGAAGGGAGAGAGGGGGGACAGGCUCGUGAAAAACAGCACCUCCUUUUUGUGCGCGCUGCGGCUCGGUUCCCCCCCGGCUCUCCUGGUCGCCCGUCGCCAUGGCGGCGUGGCCUGCCCUCUCUCUCCUGCUGGUCCUGAGCGAGUGGGUGGGGCCGGUGGGCCCCUCCCCUCACCUGCUGCUGCGGCCGCGCGAGCGGGAGCGGGAGCGCGACCUGGCCGCCUCCAUGAACUUCAACAUCGCUGUGAUCCACGCCGGCGCCAGCGCCCACGCCGAGGCCAUGGCGUCCGGCGCCGGCGGCCGCGUGCUCUACCCGGGCUUCGGCCGCGUCUACAGCAGCCUAGGGGACAGCGUCGUCACACAGUGGGGCUCAGCCAACGUCAUCUGGCUCCAGGUGAACGACAGCAGCCCCAGGACCCUGCUCUCUCAGCUGUGCGACCUGCUGGCGGCGAGGCCUCUGCAGGGGCUGGUGUAUGAGGAGGAGAGGCCGGCGCCCCUGGCCUGGGGGCCCCUGGCCCCGAUGCUGGAGUUCGUCUCGGCCCAGACGGGGCUGCCCAUCGUGGCCGUGGGCGGCGGAGCAGGACUGGGGAGAGUACCGCAGGAGACGGGCUCCAUAUUCUUGCAAUUCAGUGCCUCAACCGCUCUCCAACUGGAGGUGAUCUUCGAGGUGCUGGAGGAGUACGAUUGGACUUCCUUCUCGUUGGUCGCCACGCGUCACCAUGGCUACCAGGACUUCCUGUCUGUGGUGGAGGGCUUGACGGACGGCUCGUUCAUCGGCUGGGAGAAGAAGAGCGUGGUCAUGCUGAACCUGACCGAAGACCCAGGGGGCGCGCGGACACGUCGACUGCUCAAAGAGAAUGAAGCCCAGGUGCGGUUGCUGUACUGCUCCCAGGAGGAGGCUGAGCUGGUGUUCCGUGCGGCCUGGGCGGCGGGUCAGGCCGGAGCCUCUAACAUGUGGUUCGCGGUGGGGCCUGCGCUGUCCGGGCUCGGCCUGGAGGGCCUCCCCAAGCGGCUGUUUGCCGUGCGGCCGCAGGGCUGGCGGGACGAGCCCCGCAAGCGGAUCGCACAGGGCGUCUCCGUGUUGACCCACGGAGCUGUAGCACUGCGCAAAGACACCGGAGGGACGAACUUUGUCACCAACUGCCAGACGGACGCCAACAGCACACACAGAGUGUAUGGGAGGGUGAAAUACUUCAACAAUAUCACCCUCGCCGGGCGGGACUACUCCUUCAACAACGAGGGCUACCUGGCCAACCCGUCUCUCGAUGUCAUCUCCUACAACUCGGACCGAGGCUGGGAGGACGUAGGAUCGUGGGAGAACGGCGCGCUGAGGCUGCGCUACCACACGCUGUCCCGCUACGGUCAGUUCCUGCAGCCGCCCGACGACGCCCAGCACCUGCACGUGGUCACCCUGGAGGAGCGUCCGUUUGUCAUCGUGGAGCUGGCCGAUGCCGCCUCGGGGACCUGCAUUCGAGACUCCGUCCCGUGCCGUCGGUCCCUCAAUGCCAGUUCCCUCCAGGAGGGGGUGGCUCCCGUGAAGCAAUGCUGCAAGGGCUUCUGCAUCGACAUCCUCAAGCGCUUGGCCCGGAUCGUGGGCUUCACCUACGAUCUCUACCUGGUUACCAAUGGGAAGCAUGGGAAGAAGAUCGAUGGCGUCUGGAACGGCAUGGUGGGAGAGGUGGUGUAUAAGCACGCUGAUAUGGCCAUCGGCUCGCUCACCAUCAACGAAGAGCGCUCACAGGUGGUGGACUUCUCAGUACCUUUUGUGGAGACUGGCAUCAGUGUCAUGGUCUCCCGUAGCAACGGCACAGUCUCUCCUUCUGCCUUCCUUGAGCCUUACAGUCCAGCUGUGUGGGUGAUGAUGUUUGUCAUGUGCCUGACGGUAGUUGCGGUGACCGUCUUCAUCUUUGAGUUCUUCAGCCCCGUCGGCUACAACCGCGACCUUCAGAGUGCCAAAAAACCCGGCGGUUCUAAGUUCACAAUAGGGAAGUCCAUCUGGCUCCUUUGGGCUCUGGUAUUUAACAACUCUGUGCCUGUGGAGAACCCCAAAGGCACCACCAGUAAGAUCAUGGUACUGGUCUGGGCCUUCUUUGCUGUUAUCUUCCUGGCCAGCUACACUGCCAACCUGGCUGCCUUCAUGAUCCAAGAAGAGUACAUUGACACAGUGUCUGGCCUUAGUGACAGGAAGUUUCAACACCCCACAGAGCAGUACCCCCCUCUGCAAUUUGGUACGGUUCCCAACGGCAGCACGGAGAAGAACAUCCGCAGUAAUUACCCAGACAUGCACCAGUACAUGGUCAAAUAUAACCAGAAGGGCGUGGAGGAGGCCAUCGUCAACCUCAAGACUGGGAAGCUGGACGCGUUCAUCUACGAUGCGGCUGUGCUCAACUACAUGGCGAGGAAGGACGAGGGCUGCAAGGUGAUGACCAUCGGGUCGGGGAAGGUCUUCGCCACCACGGGCUAUGGCAUCGCCCUGAACAAGAACUCCCGCUGGAAACGGCCGCUGGACCUGGCCCUGCUGCAGCUGGUGGGAGACGAUGAGAUUGAGAUGCUGGAGCGCCUCUGGCUCUCGGGCAUCUGCCACAACGACAAGAUCGAGGUGAUGAGCUCCAAGCUGGACAUCGACAACAUGGCGGGCGUCUUCUACAUGCUGCUGGUGGCCAUGGGCCUGAGCCUGCUGGUGUUCGCCUGGGAGCACCUGGUCUACUGGAAGCUGCGCCACUGCAUGAGCAACAUGGGGCAAUCUGGCAAGCUGGACUUCCUCCUGGCCUUCAGCAGGGGCAUGUACAGCUGCUGCAGCUUCGUGGACGAGACGGUGCAGACCGUCUCCAAAGUCACAGUCCCCUCCCAUCACCAUGCCUCUGUGGUCCAGGCCCAGCCUCCGUCCCACAUCAUCCCGGCAGCGGUGGCCAACCCGGCCAUCAGCCUGGCCCAGCAGCAGCAGCAGCAGGCCCCACCCCAGCAGCCACCACAGGGCCCCCCGCCGUCCUACAAGACCCCCCUGCCUGGCUCGCCUCCCACUGGGGUGCACGGCGUGCCGGGCUUGGGCCCCUCCAACCCUCCCCUCAUGGGCGCCCCGCUGCCUUGCUCCACCUUCCUGCCGCGGCCUGACCGCAGGCUGGCCGUGGUGGACCGCUGGAGGCUGCCCAAAACAGCGACCGCUCCCGCGCCCCUGGGGGUGAGGGCAGGCAUGACCGAGAUGCCGCCUUACCCCCAGAAGGUGCCCGCAGCGUGGACCGGACCUCCAGGAGGUGGCGCGGGGGCAGCGGCAGCAGGGCUGGACGGAUAUAAGCGCUAUUACGGACCCAUUGACCCGGAGGGACUGGGGCCCUGUGUGGAACAGCAGACAGGCUCCCAGACCCCCAAAACAAUCCCCAGGGGGGGUCAGGGGAAGGGGGUGAAACCUUUGGGGACCCCCCGGCUGCCUAGCAAGAGCCAGACCCUCGGCCCGCUGGCCCCUAACCCUCCACUGCCGCACCCCUCUCCCCCUCUCCCCUCAUCCUUCUGGAGGAAGCGGCGGCCCAAGAAGCCCAAAGAGCCGGGGGGCCCCCUGUACGAGAACAUCCUGCCGCUGGGCCGUCGGGGCGGGAGCCGGGACGGGGCGCGGGAGCCGGGUGGCAGGCGGGGUCGCCCCUCACCCCCUCUCCCAAUCCCCGUGCCUGUUCCACUGUCCCCUACGUACACCCCUCCGUCGCCCUCGCCCUCGCUCCCUUACACGUCCACCUCGUCCACCACCACCACCUCCAGCACGUCCUCCACGACCUCGGCCUCCUCCUCGCGCUCUACCUCCCCGUCGUCCACCUCCACCACGUCGUCGCUGAGCACCCGGGACCGCGACGUCGAAGACGAAGAGGAGGAGGAUCUGGACGAGCUGACGGAGGAGUCCAGCCUGCUGCAGGGACACACGACGAAGAGGGACCGCGAGCGCUCCCUCCUGUCGCCUCGCUCGCUCACCCACGGGCCGCCGCCUCCGCCCAUACCCCCGCGCAAGCCACGGCCGCCCAAGGGAGAGAGAGAGCGCGAGAGGGAGAGAGAGAGAGAGAGAGAGAGGGGCGGCAGCCAGCUGGCACAGCUGCAGGAGUGGUGGGCCGGCUGGGGCGAGAGAGAGAGGGACCGCAGCGGCGACACGUCCGACCGGAGGCGAGAGAAGAAGCGCAGGAAAGACCGCGAGAAAGAGAGGGAGAAGAAGAAGAAGAAGAAAAAGAACAAGAAGAGGAAAAAGCGGGAGGAGAGGGAGAGAGAGCGAGAGCGGGAGAGGAAACGCCGCAAGGUGAAGAAGAAGAAGAAGAAAGCCAUGAAGACCAAGAGGAGGAAGAAAUCCAUCGCCAGCAAGCGCUCCGAGCCCGAGGAGGGCGACGCCGAGGCCGAGAGAGAGGGAGAGGGUGACGGAGACAGAGAGGGCGAGUACUCCUCCUUCUCCACGCAGUACCGCAGCACCUUCGGGGAGAAGAGUCGUGAACCGGCCUGGGAGGGAGAGAGGGACAAGCGCUACGCCAACCUCAACAAGCUGCCCUCCUCCGUCAAGUUCUGGGUGAGCGGCGGGAGCGGUGGAGGAGCGUCCACUGCGGACCCGGCCGCCCCGUCGCCCCCGUCCUCCCUCCACACGCUCUUCCCCUCGGCCAAGCGCCGGCGGAGCAGCGGCGUGGAGCGCGAGUCCGAGGGCCGGGCGGGCGAGCGACGGCCGCUGCUGAUGCACUACGAGCGGGGCCGGCCGCACACCAGAGAGGGCCUCUCCUUCCACGAGUGGGACUCGGAGGAGGAGGAAGAGGAGUCCGAGAGGGACAGAGUGAGGGCCGAGGAGAGCUACUCUGACGAGGGUUCGUCUGGGGAGUUUGGCCGCUUCGAGAGGUACUGGGAGGGCAGUGGAGCAGCGGCCGCUAGUGGCAUCGGGGGAGGGGGCUGGUUCUUCGGGACGUACCCGGCCAGGGAGAAAGGCGGAAGCGUCAACAGUCGGGACGACUCCAUCCUGGGCCGGUCAGAAGGGUGGGGGGUGAGCGGGGACUUCUGGGGGUCAGGCGCAGGGGUCGGGUGGGGGGCUGGCGGGGGCAGCGGGGGUCUGGGUGCUCAGUGGCCCCCACCCCCGGCGGCUCUCCCGCCCCCCAGGCGCUACUGGUCGGUGGACAAGCUGCCCAUGAAGGGUGACAAGAGGGCCCGCGGGAGGGGCAAGGCCCGCGUUAGGGACCGGGAGCUGGACGACGGCGCCUGUGCCCAGUGCGGGCCGCACCCGCACGGCCGCUUGCGCUCCAAGCGCGGCAGCGCCCCCUCGCACAGCCAGGAGGAGCUGCUGCCCCACUGCCACAGCUUCAGCGGGGGCACGCGCCCCAAGCCCUUACCCCCCACCCCGGACGCCCCCAAAUCCAGCAGCCAGUCCAACCUUAGCACACAGCAGGCCCAGCUGGGCGGCGACCUGGCCUCGCAGCCCCAGCCCUCGCCGCCCCAGCCUCUGCUCUCCCCCAGCGGCAGCGCCUCCCUGCCCAUGUCCAUCCCGCCGCCCCCGUCGUCCGCCUCCGUCUCCCCGCCGGCGGUGCUCUCUCCCGGGCCGGGCGGCUCGGGGGCCCAGGCCUCGGCCAGCGCCAAGCUCCAGUACCAGAGACUGCGCUCGGUGCCCCAGCCCCGGCGCUUCUACUCGCCGCACCUCCCUCUCAAAGCCAAGAGCCUGUGCUCGCGCCGCGGCUCCGCACACUUCUCCAGCCUGGAGAGCGAGGACGAGCGCUACCACAGCGACGGGGCCGGGGCGGCCGGCUCCUCGUCGGCCUCCGUGGCCUGGGACAGCUCCGCCGUCCUGCACGUCCGGUCGGAACUGAGCAUCACGAUGUCAUCCUCCGUCCUCCUCUCCUCCAGCGAGAACAGUGGCUAG